AUGUCUCAAGACCAUCGUCAGCUAGACAGCAGUCUGAUCUGCCGGGUCAUCUUGCCGUUGAUUCAGUCCAACCCCUCUGUCAGCAUUCUGGUUUUACAAGGAGCGGUCCAAGCAAGCUAUCACUUCAAACCGUCCUACAGAAAGGUGUGGAUGGCCAAGCAGAAGGCAAUUGCACAAAUCUAUGGGGAUUGGGAAGAGUCGUACAACAAGGUUCCCAAGUUGCUUCAGGCACUGCAGAGCUAUUUUCCUGGUACCAUUUGUGACUUACGCGUCAAACCAUUCUACGAUGGACACCUCCUGGUACGUGACUGCAGUAUGUUCGACAAGGUAUUUUGGUCUUUCCCGUCAUGUGUCGAAGCCUUCAAGCAUUGCAAGCCCUUUGUCUCUGUAGAUGGUACGCAUCUGUAUGGCCGGUAUGAUGGUGUGUUGCUUAUUGCGAUGGCGCAAGAUGGGAAUAGCAACAUCCUGCCUAUUGCUUUUGCCAUCGUAGAGUCUGAGAGUAUCGAGUCAUGGUCGUUCUUCCUAAUUAAUCUGAGACGUCACGUCACUCCACAAGACAGCCUGCUGGUUAUCUCUGACAGAUCUCAGGCUAUCAAGGCCGCGCUUAGCUCUGAUGAUGGUGGAUGGCAUCCCUCCAGAGCCUACCAUGCUUACUGCAUAAGACACAUGGCUGCGAACUUCAUGACUCGGUUCAAAUCAGCCGAGGGCAAGAGGUAUCUCAUUAACGCUGCUUAUAGUCCAAGCCAGGCCGGUUACGAGUGGUACAUGGAUGCGCUGAGAGGAGUCUCGCCUACGAUGGUUGACUGGGCUGGUCAUUUCAGGAAGGAGAUUUGGUUACAACAUUGCGACAACGGGUGUCGAUUUGGUCACAUGACGACAAAUCUGUCCGAGUGCAUCAAUGCAGUGUUGAAGGGCACCUGGUACUUGCUGAUUUCUGCCAUUGUGCGGAUCGCAUACGAGAGAUUACAGAAGUUGUUCGUGACAAAUGGCAGAGAGGCACAGUCACAGCUCGCUGCUGGAUGCCGAUUCUCACAGAAACUAUUGGCCGCCAUUGAGAAGAGCAGAGAAGGGAUAUCGAAGAUGCGUGUCACUCACUGCGACAGGCGGGCAUCGGUGUUUGUUGUCGAGGAGCUUGAGCCGUUUGAGGGAUGA